CUCCUCCUUCUCCUCCUCCUCCACCUCCUCAGGCUUUACGCGCCUCCGACCACAUCCAUCCAUCACGCUUCGUUACCGGACGGAGAGGACUCGACGGCUUCGUGAAACGCACCGUGGGAGAACCGGAGUCAGAACCGCGGCACACAACUUAAAUACACGAUGAGUCCGACCGUCCUGGUCCUGAUGUUCCUCUUCGCCGGCGGUCACAGUUCGUCCAGUUUGGACUGUGGCCCUUCGACGACGGAGUCCAGCGGUGCGACGCGGUUACUGUCGGCGGUGGUGGACGCGCCGAGGGCCGAGCAGAGCCGGAGGCAACACCUGGAGGCUCUGUUCAACAGAUACGGAGAAAAUGGCACCAUCUCUCUGGCCGGUUUGAAGCGUCUCCUGCAGAACGUCGGGCUGGAUCGUGUCCGGACUAUCACGGUGCAGCACCACGAGCAACCGGGCCACCACGACCACGACCACAGCCACGGUCACCACGGUCACGAAGGUCACGGCCACCAUGAACACAAAGAUCACGACCACGAUGGUCACAAAGGUCACGAACACCACGAUCACGGCCACGAUCACGACCACGGCCACGAUCACGACCACGAUCACGACCACGAUCACGAUCACGACCAUGAUCACGACCAUGAUCACGAUUACCAACGUGACGACAACAAUUCCCAUGACCACAGCGAUCUGUCUCUGCCUGGGAAGUUCCCUGAGAACCAGGGCGACGUGCUGGCGAAGAAAAGCGAGAAGGCGACGGCGGCUCAGGUCAGCGCCGCCAUGGAGACACAGCCGCGGGCGGCAGCUGUGAAGCAGGACCCUCCCAGUAACAACGACCAGGACGGCAAAGACUGUCUGAACGCCUCCAGCAUCAUGCUCUUACACGGGAUGUCUGAGGGGGCGGAGCUCACCCUCACAGACUUCGGCUACCUGUGCCCCGCCCUCCUCAACCAGAUCGACGGUGGAGCCUGCAUCCUGCACGGAGACGCCUCCGAGACCGAACAUAAACAUCACAAACAUGGUCACGGUCACCAUGGAGACCACAACCAGUCGGAUCACGAGCACGGCGAGCGGACCGGCGGAGAGAAUGGCAAGAACAUCACCACAGCGUGGAUCGGCGGGUUCGUCUCCAUCACCAUCAUCAGCCUCCUCUCGCUGCUCGGCGUCGUCCUCAUCCCGCUCAUGAACAGAGUUUUCUUCAAGUUCCUCCUCAGCUUCCUGGUGGCGCUGGCCGUGGGCACCCUGAGCGGCGACGCCUUCCUGCACCUCCUCCCCCACUCUCAGGGAGGACACCAUCACCACCACGAGGAUGCUGGGAUGGACAUGGACGGACAUCACGUCCACGGUGAGCAGGGCGAAAACCUGGACGGCGUGUGGAAAGGCCUGACGGCUCUGAGCGGAGUCUACUUGAUGUUUCUCAUCGAACACUUCCUGACGCUGGGGAAGAUGUACAAGGACAAGAAGCAGAAGGUCCAGAAGAAGUGGGACCAGAACAACAAAGCGGAUCCGGAGAAGCAGCCGGCGCUGGAGGAGAACGACCUGAAGCCAAGUGAAGACGUGGAGACGAACGGCGCCGGCGCGUUCGGCGACCACUCGAGCGGCCUGCACGGCGGCGGCGGCGACGUGGCCGAGGAGGAGCAGGUGAUGCUGGCGCCGCAGGUGUCGGUCGUGUCGCCGCAGGGUUACAGCCGAGCGUCCGGAGCCGCCGACGCCUACACCGCGGAGGACUGCGAGAACAAGUGCCACUCCCACUUCCACGACACGGUGGGCCAGGCCGACAGCAAGCACCACCACCACCACGACUACCACCACAUCCUGCACCACCACCACUCCCAGAACCACCACCCGCACAGCCACUCCCACUCCUACUCGGAGCAGCACUUCCAGCAGGCCGGCGUGGCCACGCUCGCCUGGAUGGUCAUCAUGGGAGACGGGCUGCACAAUUUCAGCGACGGCCUCGCUAUCGGCGCUGCCUUCACCGAGGGUCUGUCCAGUGGCCUCAGCACGUCUGUGGCUGUUUUCUGCCAUGAGCUGCCUCAUGAAUUGGGUGACUUUGCGGUGCUGCUGAAGGCGGGCAUGACGGUGCGCCAGGCCAUCCUUUACAACGUGCUGUCGGCCAUGAUGGCCUACUUCGGCAUGGUGACCGGCAUUCUGAUCGGACACUACGCUGACAACAUCUCCAUGUGGAUAUUCGCCCUCACGGCCGGGCUCUUCAUGUACGUGGCCCUGGUGGACAUGGUGCCUGAGAUGUUGCACAACGACGCCGGAGACCACGGCUUCAGCCACUGCGGCUUCUUCCUCCUGCAGAACGCCGGCAUCCUGCUGGGCUUCGGCAUCAUGCUGCUCAUCGCCAUAUUCGAGCACAAAAUCCAGCUGGACCUGGGAUACUGAGGGGAGGCUGCUCGGCCCCCGAACUCCAUGAGCAUUCCAGCGUCUCCGUAGGAUGUGUAGUGUUUUUUAUUUUUUUGUAGUUGUUGUUGUUUUUUUUUAGUUGCUUCUGACGGACUCCAGCCCCCUGGAUUUAGUUUGGGCCCCCGGGGGAAGUGGCCUGUGUGCUCGGCUUCCUCCGAGGCCUCGCGUCCGUCUUCUGGCUGCACUGAUUAGAUGUGAGUCGUCUCACGCCGUAGUUUUCCUAUUUUUCCUGUUUCUUCUUACAUGGUCAAAACGCGGGAACACAAAUGUCUGAGAGGUCACGUUAGUUAAAAAACUGGAUUCAGAAUCGUGUUGGAUUUAUUUCCGCCGUUACGGCCGGUUUAGUCUUUUCAUAAUGGUUUUUAUUGAGCUGCUGCGUUGGAAGUCUGUUAAAUCCACCCUCAACGUGCCAAAACAUCCAACCACCAUCUACACAAAGUCCCUUCUUUAAGUACUGGAAACGAACGGACCCUUGAAUCCUGAAUGAACGACUGAUGCGUUUGUGGCGUCUCCUCCUUCUCCUCCCACUCUUGUUGUGUUGCUUGUGUCCAGCUCUUCUCUGUCACCGAUCACCGUCGUGUCUCACAUCCACUCACCUCGCUGCUCGUUCUCGUGAGAGUUGUCCCGAAACGUCUUUCAAAUCAAGAUCGCUUUGAAAAUGAGUUUAUAUUUUCGAUCCAAACUGAUGGAAACUGUCAUUUACAGAAAGUCAGGACAAAAAGAUCCCAACCAGGAAGUUUUAAAGUUUUAGUUUUGUGCUCUGGUUGUGGUCGGUCUGGUGCAGUAUGAGGUUUAACCGAAACCCCUUUCAUGGUGAACUACCGUGAAGAGGAGGUUCCUGAGUUUCAUAAUCACACUCUUUGGACAAAGACUCCAAAAGUCGGUCCAUUAAAUCCAGUGCUUUGUGUUUUCUUUCCUAAUAUUUACAGCGAAUAAAUGAAGGAACGUCAGGAGCGUAAAAGUGAUAAGAUGACUUUUAGUUUGGUGGUGGUUCCUGAUGAACAGAGCGUCAAACGUCUCUUUUAUUUACUGACACGUCUUUGAUUCUCAGUCGCAGCAUCAGUCCGUCAGUAUUUUAGUUGAAACUUGAAAAUCUUCUGCACUUGCUGUUAUUUUAUUGCUGUAUCUGGAGCCUGGUGCUGUGGUCUGCAGCUGCCUGACUGAGCGUUUCUUUCGAAAUUCUUCCGUCUCUGUCUCCGACCAUCCGGUUAUUUGCAUUUAAAUAAAUUCUCAUUUGGUUUCUCCAUCUCUAAAGUAACACUAACCAUUGAAUAAUUGACUGAUCCGUCACAUUUUAGCCGAGGAGUCGCUCCGUUCAGAAUUCAUUGCGCCCAGCGAAGAGCUGUCGGGCCGAUCAGACCGUGUGACCGUGGGUUCGUGUGGUGAUGAGAGGUUACAUCUGUAUCGAUCCAAAAAAAAAAAAAAAAAUCAUUUUGAAAGUGGAGAAGCAACUGGAAACAGCCGAGGAGAAACAUGCUACUACCCAGCAGACCCACGUCUGAGCGUCUGCAGCUUUACUCAGUUCAGUUAGUUUAAAACGUGUCUGAUUGGUCGCACGAUCCAGUUGAUGCAGAGCGAUUUCUUUUUUCUCCUCUGGUUUCCAGUGAAGUCAAACUUCUUGCUUUUUCCAUGACUAAAACGAGCCACAGCUCCCAGUGAGAGGCUUCAUUCUGCUCUGUCUGACAGUCCAUGGAGCUGAACUCUAACGUGGGCCCUCAGCAGCACCACUACCUCCGACCUCUGUUACAUGUGAAACGGAAAAAAAAAAAAAAGAAACUGCAGCAGCUUUUGUUUUUAAUAUUUUUUAUUUUUCAUUAUUUGAUUAUUACUGUGGCAGCUCAACAGGAAACGUAUUUAAAGAGUGUGUUGGUCUUUGUUACAGUCGCUCUGACGUUUAGGUCAAAUUACAAGGUUUGCCUCACAGGUUGUCGCUCACUGUGUGUCCUUCAUGUACAGUGUUACACUGUGUGUACUUGUGUGUACUACGCUGUUUCAUUUGUGUGCGUUUGUUGUGAAGAUCGCCUCAGCUUUCAUGUUCAAAAACUGUCCGAGUGGGAAAACGUGUAAAACUGUGUAGAAGAGCAAAAGGGAGAGAGUUUGUUUCUUUCAUGUUCACAGGAGUUUAAAAGGCAUCUGUCAAUGAAGGGAAUUAAAAGCUUCACCAUAAAA